UUUCCGGCUGCAAGUUAUAAAAUACCAUUGCUCGAAGUGUUGAAGGGAAACAUUAGUUUGCAUUGUUUUCAUAGUGUUUGUUUGUUUUUUUCAUCUAGCGAACUCCUUAGAGGUUCCAAGUUAACCUCUUUGGUCACUUUGUUAGUUUGUUAUUUUGUUGAACUGUUCUCAUUUUAGUUGGCGAAGUGCCUAAAAUGCAAAACUACGCAGAUGCUAUCAAGGAGUAUGCAGAGAACCAUGCGACUGGUCUCACGGUUGCCCUUGUAACAGGGGUAGGCCUGCUAGCCUUGCGAAGAUGGAUGGCAGGAGGAGUGUGCAAAAGCAAGGCCAUGCUGGAGGGCAAAACCGUGCUGAUCACUGGAGCCAACACUGGCAUUGGGAAGGAGACGGCCCUGGACAUGGCCCAGAGAGGAGCGAGAGUGAUCCUUGCCUGCAGGGACAUGAACAGAGCCCGCAUUGCAGCAGAUGAGAUCCGACAAAAAAGUGGGAAUGGAAACGUGGUAGUAAAGAAGCUGGACCUCGCCUCGCUGCAGUCCAUCAGAGACCUGGCCAGAGAUGUCCAGGGGACAGAAAGCCGCCUUGACAUUCUCAUCAAUAACGCAGGUAUCAUGAUGUGUCCUAAAUGGGAGACAGAGGAUGGUUUUGAAAUGCAGUUUGGAGUCAACCACUUGGGGCAUUUUCUCCUCACCAACUGUCUCCUUGACCUGCUGAAGAAGUCGGCUCCAAGUCGCAUUGUGUUGGUUUCCAGCCUGGCGCACGAAAGAGGGCACAUUCACUUUGAUGACAUUAAUCUGGAUAAAGACUACAAACCUGAAGUGAGCUACCGCCAGAGCAAACUCGCCAAUGUUCUGUUUGCUAAAGAACUGGCAGCAAGACUGAAAGGCACCGGUGUGAGCGUGUACAGCCUCCACCCCGGGGUCAUCCGCACAGAGUUGGGCCGUUAUUUGUUACCCACCCUAGCUCUGUGGAAGAGGAUUUUAGCCUCUGUCUUCAUGAAGAUUGUAAAAAAUCCCUGGGAAGGAGCCCAAACCACCAUCUACUGUGCUGUUGAUGAGAAUGUGGCGAAUGAAAGCGGCCUCUACUACAGUGACUGUGCCCCUAAAACGCCGGCGCCACAAGCUCUGGACGACGAUGCUGCCAAGAAGUUGUGGGACCUCAGCGCGUCCAUGGUCGGUCUGGCCUAAACACGGCAGCCACCCGGGUCUGUCUGCCCUUCCCUGGUGAUGGCAUUAGCAGCCUUGUUUGAAUGGAUCAAACAAUAAUAAUGAAUUUUCGUAUCAUUAUCAUUGUGUCAUAUGCUGAGGGCCAUUACGCUAAUUAAGAUUUUGAUUCUUUUUAUUGAAGAGCUGCACAACAUUUUGCACUAUUCUUUCAAAGCUUUUUAUACCUUGGUGGUUUGUUUUAUAAUAUAUAUGCUAAAUAUUUACCUAUGCUGUGUUUUUGUAUGUAAUCCAAAAAUGGUAUUAUAAGGUAAUUAUUCUUAACAUUUCCUCUGAUUGUUUUAAUUUCCACUAAGUAUGCGCGUGAGCGAUAACAAUUACUUUUUUCUAUAAAUCACAAGACACUUCUAAGGUUUGAAAGACCACUUUUAUUUAUGGCAUAAAAAAGCAGAAUUGCUUUAAUUGUUUUCUAACAGCUUAAAGUCACUACAUUCAUGAAAUCAUAGGAAGCUAAAGGUAAAGUGUGCAUCAGGAGGGCCGAAGUGUUACAUAAAGGAAGUGGCCUUUGACCCCCGUCCUGAUAACCAUGAAAGGAUUGUUACGCUUCAGAGGAGAGAUGAUCCGGCACCAGGUGUAGGGAGGGAGUGGACGCCUCGGGGGCUCAGAGCAGUUAGGAUGUACCCGGUCAACCCAGAAGACACUUCAGCUUACAGAGCACCCCUGUGUGUGUGUGUGCGUGUGUAUUACAUUAGAGAUGAUUUUCAUGUAAUGCACGACGAGGAUGUUUUCAUAUCGACAUCGUUUGAGUUGAAACUUCCUCUGUGUGAAUUUGUCUGUUAAAUAUAUGAACAAAAGAAUGUAGAAGAAGCCACCAACACUAACAUUUUGGCAAUAAAUGUUUUGAAAAGUGACUUUUCUUCUGGUUAUUUACAACUGGAUAACAACGCAGAGAAUCUUCAUAUUUAUAUCUGUAGAGUAUCACUAUCAGGUUUUCAUAUGAGGUUUACAGCACAUUUAGAGACAAUACUUUGAGUAAAAAGAGCAAUUUAGCCAAACUUGAAUGACAACAAUGAACUUUUUCAUAUCAGGAUUUUCACGUAUUUGCACUUCAAACAUCCAGUCAUACUUUUAUACAAAAAACAAGUUAAUGUCGCACAACAUCAGAUUUGGAUUUAUUUUUUGUACAAUUUUUUUAAUUCUUUGUUACAGUCUUCUUACUAAGCUGUAAUUAAAGAGUAGAUGUGAAAAGUUCCAGGGUGUGAAUAAUCUGUCGGAAUGAAAAUAUGUAACACCUUGGAGUUUACCUACUUCAUUUUGUCCUCUCCUUAGAUGUGUCAUCCUCAGUGCUCAGGUCAUGGAGGAUACUUGUCAUGCUGCAUCAGGUCGGUUUCUAAACUUUAAGCUUGACGACACCACACCUCAGUACUUUAGCUAUGCAAUUAACCUUUUUGUUAAAUGUCUCUGUGGUAGGCCCCCCAAAAAAGGCAUUGAAUCAUUGAAAAAGAGUUUCGAGAAAUCACAAGACAUUAGGCAAUACAACCAACAUUAGAAUGAAGACCAAUUUAAUUCUCAAUAGCAUUUUAAAACUUUAAGUUCUAGUUAACAACGUUUUGUGAUGUAGUUGCAAAACACGUAAAACAUGAUCAUAACGAACCAAAUGGCUCAAUUACCCAUCAAGCUCCCCGGCUCAGAUGUUGACUCCUCAGUAUCAGUAGGUAG